GUUUAAUACUACGGGCCUGGGUUGGGUCGGAAUUUUUGGGCCCGAUCUUACCUCUAACGCUGAUACGCCAUUAAAUUUUGUCCAGAUGGAAUCAAUGUAGAUCGAUUUUUCGAUCAUUUAAAACUAAUUAUAUGUAGUAGGAUAUUCAACAACUUACUUCUUGGUUUGGUACAAACAUUAAAAAAGUUGAAUGGGAUGUGUGUGGGCCAAGAUUGUUGGCCUAUAUGAAGCAGUAUUCCGAUGCUCUGGAGAACAAGCUGUCACGCAAUCACCAGUGGAUGGAGACUUGGAAAAUAAAAGCCUCAUGGCAGAUAAAAACACUGAAAUAGAUAAUGGAAUCAGUGAUAAAAAUUCUUUUGGCAAUGAUGAUGAUGUUGGGAAUGAUCAAACCCUCGACAAACAACAAAGCAUCAUUCAACAUACAUUGGAUCUCCGAAAAAGGAAUGUUUCGCAUGAAAAUUGUACUGAACCUUCAAAUUGUAAUGGUGCUUUGCAUGAUAAUGGUAUUCACGAAUCUAAAAAGCUUGACGUUGACAACAGCGAUUUGGUUCAGGUGAUCGAAAGUAAAGAUGUUGAUCAAUGCCAUGAUGAUUUUGAAGAUUUGUUAAGCAGAUGUCCAUCCACUGUAGUACUGAAGAUUCUUGGCUAUCUUUCGUACAAAGAUUUAGUCCACAGUGUGAGUCCAGUAUGUAAAUCAUGGCAUAAUAUGGCGUUUGAUCCAUCUCUUUGGUGUGUAAUUGACUUUCGUAGAUAUAAGAUCAAUGAUGUCGUUCUAAACAAACUUGUUGAACUAUGCAGUUUUAUAAAAUACAUUUUAUUGCCUGAUGAAAAAAAUGAAGACCUAACUGAAGCUGGAAUGAAAGCAUUAGCUGUUGGUUGUCCAAAUUUAACAACAUUUUACGCACCAAGAGUAGGUUCAAAAUUAUCUGAUGAUGUUUUCAUUGCUUUUGCUGAAAAUUGUCCUCGUUUAAAAAAAUUGUUCUGGAAUGUUUGGAGAUCACAGACAAAACAGUUCUCAGUAUAGCUCACAAUCUACAUGAUCUUGAACAUUUAAGUGUAAGUCAAAUAUCAAAUAUAUCAAAUGAAGCUGUUGCAGAAGUUAUAAAAUGUUGUAGAAAAUUAAAAUUGUUGAAAAUCAGCCAUAAUAAACAGAUAACUGAGAAAUGUUUGGUCACUAUUCCUGAGAGUAGUUUGUCAAUACAGACAUUGGACUUUUUGAUGUGUAAUUUCAAUCCCAAUGGUAUCGCAAUUCUCGGUGAAUUAUUAAAUCUUGAAGAUAUUAAUUUAAGUAAAUGUGAAGAUUUAACAACAGAUGAUCUGAUGCCAAUCA